AUAGGACAAGAAAAGGGGCAGGAGGAUUGUUUGGGGAGAGAAUCAAACCGGUCUGGCAAGUUUUACUUUCUCCUUAACGCAAACACAUGCAUGCACCAUCUGCCCUGCUUGAUUUCUGCUCUCUGACACACACAAAAGACAUUGCUGACUGACUUCUGACUCUGUCCUACCUGACUCAAACUUUAGAAUUAAAGAGGAAACCAUUGCUGUUGAGUUUACUGAGGCAACCACAGACAUAAUCCUGGAUCAUGUAGAGACAUGCCGUAUCCUGUCCCUGGAAUCUGUAUCCAAUGCAUUAAUGUGGAAGUAUAUAUAUAGCAAUAAGUCCAUCAUCUACUUUUGAGCAAACCAUUGCAGAAAAAGGAAACCAAAUAAAACAGCUGAAGUUUUUCAAGGAUGUCAACUGACGCUGUACAGCCCCCUCCAAGGAGAAUAAUAAGGCUGGCUGUAACUCCUGGCACACAAAGUCGCAACCCAGAGUUGAGUUGUCCAGUCAAAUCAUCUCACGGGAUACGCAAACCAAGUGCGGUGGAACGUUUGGAAGCAGACAAGGCCAAGUACGUCAAGAGUCAACAGGUGGCUUUGAAAAAGCAGCAGCCAAUCACUUGUUCUUCCAACAACAGCCAGAGUGGACAAGGUGCUCAACAGCCAUCGAGAAAAAUCCCUGCAAAACCCACUGAAACACCACCCCUUGACCUGGAACAUCUUUGCAAACUGAUUGAUGGAGUUAGCGAUACCACCGUUCCAGUUGUUUCCACACAAGCCAACAGCACUGAGAAAGCUCAAGAUGCUACAGACCCAUGCAAGGCCACCUCUGCAACACCAAGUCCGUUGGAAGAACCUUCUGUUGGGUCAACUUCAAGUCAAGGAAAAGCUGCAGUAGAAGCCUCAGGGGUAAAUGGAUGUCCUACCAUGACAGUGCGGCGAGUCGAUGUCAGACCGCAGUUACCUCAAAUGAGGAUGGCCGGUAGACCACAGCUACAGAACCGCUCACAGGUCCAACUGGGUAUGCCGCAGGUCCCAAUAAAACUUCUGCGCUUGCUUAGACCCUACACACAACCAAAUCAGCAACCAAUUGAUUUCAAAAGGCUACACAAUUUCACAAACGUCACCCGAGGACCUAUUAAACCACCAAACAGUGCUGCACAAACCUCACCACCUUCUAAAUCCCCAUCUAGCCCUCUCCCCAUAAAGCCAAACACAGAACCAUUAUCACGUACCUCUCCGACUCCACUUAUUCCAACCUCUGUUGCUUCGUCCCUAGCCAAAAAUGACUUUCAGUCCCCACCAUCUCCAGCCAUCACUCGGCUGUCCUCGACAAGCUCCAAGAAGCGUCCUUCACUGACGCGCUCAAAAUCUGAUGUCAGUGACUGCUUUUCACGAGCUGGGGUAGAGCUUGAACGCUUCUUUAACUAUUGUGGCCUUGACCCAUCAGAUUUAGAGGAGCUAGCAAGACCGGGUUCUGACAUUGUGUCCGUUUCACGUCUUCGUAGUGCCAGUGCCCCAGCAUCCGAGCAUACAGCUGAGGGUGAAGAUGAGGAAGAAGAAGCAGCAAAAGAUGAACGUCCUGUUUAUGGUGUUUCCGUCAUUGAGAGAAAUGCUCGAGUGAUCAAGUGGCUUUAUGGAAUGCGCCAGGCCAAAGAGAGUCCCAAAGUGGCCAAUAUGUAACAGACAACAAGGGACUAACAACCACAAUUCAGACAGAAAUCAAAUGCAAUAUAUGCUGUUCAAAGUGCUUACUAUGCUUUUCCCAUUCAGUAUUUUGUCUGUUGUUAUCCAUAUACUUUAGAGUUGUCUAGUUGAAUCUACUGUGUCUCUUACCCCUUUUCCACCAGCACAAACCGGGUGCUAGUUCAGAGCCAGUGCUAUCGCUGGUUCGGGGUUGGUUCAAUUGACAAGCCUUCUAAGAACCAGUUUGCCUUUCCAUUGGCUAGAGAGCCACCAGAAAAUAGAAAAUUAAACUAAACCACCAGUAGGUGGCGUCAAGUAACCGUCUUAAUAAGUGAGUCAUUCAUUUAAACGGUUCAUUCCAAUGGCUGAUUCAUUCAAGAAUGAGGCAGUUUGGUCAUUUAAUCUUUGACUCAACCGAUUCAUUCAAAACCCUUAAUCAUUCAGUAAUGAAAACAAGGCUGAGUGUUGUCCUAUGGUUCUGCUGUGAUCUUUGUUUGUAACUAUUUUUGCUGCUAAAAUAGAACAAAAACAGUCAAUGUUCCUUCUAAAAUGUAAGUGACUUAAUAUUAACUAUUUGUUAACUGAACAGUUGUUUCAUACAAUCAGUGUCACGUUUUUAAUCGUUAUGGUAGCCUAUUUAGGAAAACAGCAUUCUUGGUCAUAUGAUUUUGCUUACCUGUAUCAAGUUAUAAAAACUUAUUUUGUGUGUGCUUCGCUCAUGUUUCCAUUUCUCCUCGAGAUGGUGAGCGAGCCUCGACAACGCAACCUUGUUAUCGUCACUACAUUAUACAGCCUAUUAUUAUCCACUAUGGAUCGCCACUUAAACUAAAUGUAAUAAAAUCAGUCAUUCUCGAGUUUUCUUUUUUUUUUUUUGGUAUUGACAUUUUAAUCAGGUCCUUAAUCAGGUCUUUCACUUGCCCCUUCAAAAAAUCCACUUAUCUUGGACUAACUGACAAGCGUUAGUGUCGAGCCCUGACAUGUUAAACCAGCGCUAAAAUCCUGAUUUAUAAUCGAGACGUUGUCUGACAAAAUCACCAUACACAUAAUAUAAAGACAUUUGCUGUGAUUUUGGCUAUAUGUACACGUAAAAUGAUCACUCAGGUUAGAAGCAAUAGUAUCUAUUUUAUUUGCUCUCUGACAGAGCGCACAUCCUCAACUGAAUGCGCUGCUCCUCUCAGCCACUCACUGAACAACUAGAUCAGGUUAACAAGUCGCUAUAUUUGUCACAAUGCGCUUUCUUGGAAAAAAGUCGCAAAAGGGGUCUGAAAAGUCGCUAAGUUGGCAACACUGAUUCAACCUUCCGUCUCCAUGUCCCAGCCUGCCGCUGUCCUAAACGGCGUUACGGCAAUUUUGCACCAGCUGGAGGCAAUUACCAAACUGGUUCCGUGCAUGUUGUACAUAUUUUGCGACAGCAAAUCAAAGUUAUUAAUUAUCAAGGCUAUAUUCAAUAUAAACUGGUAUUAUUUUCCUUCAAAACUAUCUAAAAAAAAUUCAUGCCUGUUGGAAUAAAAUUUAAUGCUUUUUAAUGCCAUUUAAGGCCUUAAUUUUCGCAAAAUCCAUUUAAUGACUUUUAAUGCUUUUUAAUGCCCCGCGGAUACCCUGUACUAUUGAUGCUCAUGGCUUUGCGAACCUACACUGGCAUCCAAACAGAGCGAAUCCAACAUGUUCUUGUUAUUAGCUCGAUUAGCUGCUAUUUCAAAAAUGGCAGGUCACAAGUUUUUGUUUGGCCACGGUAACCCUGCCCCCAGCCCCUGACGCAAGCGGUUCUUACUUCUAGACCAGCCAUGUUUUGGUGCUACUUACGAACCACUUUUCCUGGUUCAGAGCUUGUGCUUUGGGUGUUGAAAGACAAAGAACUGAUUUGAAACUAGGCUCUGGCUCUGAACUAGCACUCAAACUGCCUUGGUGGAAAAGGAGUAUUGUGUGUCAAUUAUAUUGGCUUAAGCUUUGUGGUCAUUGGAAUGACUGUAGCCACCUGUGUUCUUAAACAAUGACUUCAAUGAUUUCAUGGUUAUGGUGAACGCCAAUAAACCUUUAAACACAAUGUGUUUUUUGCAUUGUUGUCUUUUUCAACAAUGAUAGGCUGUACUUGACAGGCUGAAUCAAAUGAUGGCAAGGUUUUUGGUAGAGAUAUCCAGAAC